CUCCCACACAAACUAGAAAAUUCCUAUAGCGGACUUUUUCGACGCAACUUCAUCAUCAGCACGCCCAGCAUCCCUCCCGACAGCGCAGGUCAAAAUGAAGUUCCUCAAGGUCGGCCGCGUCGCCAUCAUCACCCACGGCCGCUACGCCGGCAAGAAGGUCGUCAUCAUCCAGCCCGUUGACUCCGGUAACAAGGCCCACCCCUUCGGCCAUGCCCUCGUCGCCGGCAUCGAGCGCUACCCCUCCAAAAUCACUCGUCGCAUGUCGAAGACGAGACAGGAGAAGCGCAACAAGAUUAAGCCCUUUGUCAAGCUGGUCAACUACAAUCAUCUGAUGCCCACCCGCUACACUUUGGAGCUCGAGGGUCUCAAGGGCGUCGUCAGCAACGACACCUUCAAGGAGGUCACCCAGCGUGAGGACGCCAAGAAGACGGUGAAGAAGGUUCUGGAGGAGCGUUACACGAGCGGUAAGAACCGGUGGUUCUUCACGCCUUUGACCCUCGGCCGUGGGAUGGCCAUGAUCAAUGGAACAUGA